AUGGAACAGCUGAAAAAGUUGAAAGAUCCCACAAUUGAGGAGGUAGGAUAUUCUUCUACCAGUGUUGAUGAACAGGACAAUGAUUCUCCAUGGGCAAAGAAAAGUAUUUAUAGAGCUUGGUUGUUGUUAUGUUACUCCACAGGUCCAGUAGCUUCUAUGUCUAGGACAUAUGUUCCAGCAGUUAUUCAAUCUAUUGCUACCGAAGUUGGAAGAAAUAGUAAAGGUGGUAGAUGUGAAAGAAGAGGAAAUGAUUGUUACAUUGAUUUCGGUGUCGGAAAGGUACACUCCACUUCUUUUGUUCUCUACCUUAAAGCCAUUUACACCUCUCUUGAGGGAUUGAUAUCGAUUUUUCUAAUGGGCAUUGCUGAUUACUCGAACUACAGAAAAAUCCUCUUGAUAGGUUCAAUUACUUUAUUUGGUAUUUUUGCACUUCCGUUUGCAGCCUUCACGGGAAAGAAUUAUUCAACCCUAAAAACUAUCUCAGUAUUCUAUGCUCUAAUGAGUGUAAUUGAUUCCGUCUACCAGAUAUUAGAGGGGUCUUAUAUUCCUCUUUUUAUGAGGGCAGUGCCUAAAAAGCAGGAUGAAGUUGAAGAAGCUAGAAACACCAGGGUUUUGCAAAGGGGAUCUGUUGUGAGCGUCAUGGGAUUAUUCUUGGGAAAUUGCGGUGGACUUACAGCUCUACUUAUUGGCAUAAUUAUAUCUUAUGGAAGAGGAGGUCCAAUGGAAGAUGGUUAUCACAAUUUCUUGCUUGCAAUUACUAUAGCAGGUUGCGUUACAGUUGUCUUCUCUAUUAUAAGUGCCUUCUAUAUCCCCAGUGUGAAAGGAAAACCUAAACCAGAAGGCGAAAUUUUGUUGUUCUUAACUGCAAGAAGAUUUGUAACGCUUUUGAAGAACAUCCAGAAGUAUCCGAAUGCUUUCCUCUAUUGUGUCUCCUGGGUCAUUUGGAAUGUCAGCUUUAGUAACUUCAUGAGUGUAUUCGUGUUGCUCUUUAGAUCAACUCUAGGAAUCGGCAAUUCGGAUUCAGAGUACACUGUUUACACAUUUAUGUCGUAUAUUACUGCUUCAUUGGGCUCGAUUGCUUGGAUGCUUCUUUAUCCACAAUGCGGAAUCAAAAUCAAGACUUGGGGAUAUGGAUUUCUUAUUUUUUCAGCUUUUACUAACUUUUGGGGGUGUUUGGGAAUUAGAAAGUCUAUUUCCAUUGGCUUUAAGAACAGAUGGGAGUUUUGGUUAUUUGAAGUAUUUUAUUCAGGAUCGAGUUCUGCAAUGAGGUCUUUGAAUAGAACCGUCUAUAGUUCACUUUUACCAGAAGGAGACGAGGCUCAAUAUUUUGGUCUUGAAAUAAUGUUAGGUGUAGCCACAGGAUGGAUUGGUUCAUUGGUUAAUGCAGCCAUCCAGGACAGGACUAACAACGACAGAUUUCCCUUCUUGCCAAAUUGUAUUUUGGUUCUUAUCUCACUUGUUUUGUAUUCCCUAACUGAUACCGAGCAAGGCAUGAGAGAUGCUAAAAAAUUGGUAGAAGACUCUAUUCAAAUUAGAGAUGAUCAGGCACUUGACCAAACAGAAGGUUUGUCUGCUUCUUUCGACCACAACGAGGAAAACUCUAACAAGUCUCUUUGUAAAUGA